CCCCGCCCCCGAUCCUGCGCUCCACCCCCGGGGGCGACCGGCUCCGAAAGCGUUAACCCUGGAGCUCCCGCCCCAGGUUCCUAAAAAGGAAAGGUGCAAGGUUUGGGGAGAAAAAUGACUGAUCAAAGCCAGGCGACACUUCCUGUUGCCGGGACGCUGUAUAAAAAGUCAGGCGCGCGCGGGCUGGAGACGCGCACCUCGUCCAGGUUCCGGCCCCGCCGCGAUGAGAAGCCAGGCGCUGUGCUGCGCGCUCCUGUUCCUAGACAUCUCCAUUAAAUGGACCACCCAGGAAAUCUUUCCUCCAAAAUAUCUUCAUCACGACCCGGAGACCUCUCGCCAGCUCAUGUGUGAAAAAUGUCCUCCGGGCACCUACCUAAAACAGCACUGUACAGCGAGGCGGAAGACCCUGUGCGCUCCAUGCCCUGACCACUAUUACACAGACAGCUGGCACAACAGUGACGAGUGUCUGUACUGCAGCCCCGUGUGCAAGGAGCUGCAGUAUGUGAAGCAGGAGUGCAAUCGAACUCACAACCGCGUGUGUGAGUGCGAGGAAGGACGCUACCUGGAGCUAGAGUUCUGCUUGAAGCACAGGAGCUGCCCGCCUGGAUUUGGAGUACUGCAUGCUGGAACCCCAGAGCGAAACACAGUGUGCAGAAGAUGCCCAGAUGGAUUCUUCUCCAAUGAGACAUCAUCCAAGGCACCCUGCAGGAAGCACACAAACUGCAGUGCCUUAGGUCUCCUGCUAGCUCAGAAAGGAAAUGCGACACGAGACAACCUGUGCUCUGCCAACAGCGAAACAACUCCAAAGUGUGGAAUAGAUGUUACGUUAUGUGAGGAGGCUUUCUUCAGGUUUGCUGUUCCUACCAAGUUUACGCCUAACUGGCUCAGCGUCCUGGUAGAUAAUUUGCCUGGCACCAAAGUCAAUGCCGAAAGUGUAGAGAGGAUCAAGCGACGACACAGCUCACAAGAACAAACUUUCCAGCUGCUGAAGUUAUGGAAGCAGCAAAAUAGAGAGCAGGACAUGGUCAAGAAGAUCAUUCAAGAUAUCGACCUCUGCGAGGACAGGGUGCAGCGGCACAUCGGGCACGCCAACCUCUCCUUCGAGCAGCUGCGCAGCUUGAUGGAAAGCUUCCCGGGGAAGAAAGUUGGAGUGGAGGACAUCGAAAGAACGAGAAAGACGUGCAAAUCGAGCGAAGAGCUUCUGAAGCUGCUCCACCUGUGGAGGAUAAAGAAUGGAGACCAGGACACUCUGAAGGGCUUGAUGCACGCGCUCAAGCACUUGAAGACGUACCACUUCCCCAAAACUGUUACCCACAGCCUGAGGAAGACCAUAAGGUCCCUCCACAGCUUCCCCAUGUACAGACUGUACCAGAAACUGUUUCUGGAGAUGAUAGGGAAUCAGGUGCAAUCGGUCAAAAUAAGCUGCUUAUAGCCGGAAGUGGUCAUCGGACCGUUUCCUCCCAAGGGGCGGGAUCUGCUGGGUGAGUAGAUGGUAGCUUCCGCGCCUCAGGGGGACAGUGCUCGCUUCCUCUCACCUGUGCCUCAGUUUGCCACAGGGCGCUAAAAGGAGGUGUGAUGUGCAGAAGGAACUAACGUCUGCCCCCAGCGUUCAGUGAAGCCCAAAUAGCUCGUCCCACUGUCAGAUCCAGCCCAGUACCUACUGAACACAGUUUUUCUAUUACUGCUUGCAGUAAUUCAACUGGAAAUAAUAAUAAUAACUAGACUCUAUCAUCCCUUUCCAAAUAUGGGAAUGUCUGACUUUACUAGCGUUGAGAUUUCAGCUCCCCUAGAGGCUUUUAUUAGAAAGCCAUAUUUUUCCCUGUAAAAGUUACUAAUAUAUCUGUAACUAUCUUACAGUAUUGCUAUUUAUAUUCAUUCAGAUACAAGAUUUGUACAUAUUAUCAUUUUAGAGAGAAAUGGUAUAAGACUUAAUUUUAGAAAGAAAAAUAUAUUCUGUUAUUAUUAUGACAAAUGAAAGAGAUGAAAUAUAUUUUUUAAUGGAAACAUUGUAGGAUUUUCUAAUAGGUAUUGCUAUUUUUCCUGUGUGGAGUGUUUUUACAAUACGAUGUUUUCUGCCUAAGCUGUAGUAUUGUUUUAUGAAAAAUGCAUUAUUAUUUGGUCAAUUGUUUAAUGUUGGAAAGUGUAUGAAACACGCGAUCUGAAUAUCAGAUGCUCUGAGAAAUUGAAUGUAUUUUAUUUAAAAGAUUCUUUGGUUUUACUGCAUAUAAACAACAUCA